GUAAAAAAGUCAGCAGGACAACACACAGCAAGUCAAAAAGAAACGUCGCUCCUGUUCUGCUGCGACUCUGGACAACUUUUGAACGAGAAAGUCGGCCAGAGGAUUUUCCUAGACUUGCGCACUUCAGAAAAAAGCUCAACUUUUGUGUCUCUUUAUGCCGGUGAGUUGACGUCGUCUUUUGACAAGAAGCUGCUGUAAGGUUUGACUGAUGACGGCAGAGAUCCAGCAGCCCCAAGCGCAGACUCCUGCCCAGAGCAGCCCCAUGUCUGCUCCGGACAAGGCGCACGGACAGACGGCGGUGAUGGAAACCGCCUCCUCCACCACCAAAGCCAAAAAGACCAACGCGGGCAUUCGCCGACCGGAGAAGCCUCCGUACUCCUACAUCGCCCUCAUAGUCAUGGCCAUCCAGAGCUCUCCCACCAAGCGGCUCACCCUCAGUGAGAUCUACCAGUUCCUACAGAGCCGCUUCCCCUUCUUCAGGGGGUCCUACCAGGGCUGGAAGAACUCGGUGCGCCACAACCUAUCCCUGAACGAGUGCUUCAUCAAGCUGCCCAAAGGUCUGGGUCGACCGGGGAAGGGCCACUACUGGACUAUCGACCCGGCGAGUGAGUUCAUGUUCGAGGAAGGCUCCUUCAGGAGGAGACCCAGAGGCUUCCGGCGCAAGUGCCAAGCGCUGAAGCCCAUGUACAGCAUGAUGAACGGCUUGGGCUUCAACCACAUCCCAGACUCGUAUAACUUCCAGGGGAGCGGAGGAGGGCUGUCCUGUCCGCCCAAUGGCUUGUCUCUGGACAGCGGGAUCGGGAUGAUGAACGGACACCUGGCCGGGAACAUGGACGGCAUGGCGCUGUCCGGCCACUCCAUGACGCACGGCGGACACUCGUACAUGGGCAGCUGCGCCGCGUCCGCCGCUGCUGGAGAUUACGCGCACCACGACACCUCCGCCUCGCCUCUCCUCACCAGCGGCGGGGUGAUGGAGCCGCACCCGGUCUACUCGAGCCCGGCCUCAGCGUGGGCUCCGUCCCCGGCCUCGGCGUCCAUGAAUAACGGAGCUUCUUACAUCAAGCAGCAGCCUCUAUCUCCGUGCAACCCCGGAGCCAACCCGCUGCAGCCCAGCCUGCCUACGCACUCCCUGGAGCAGCCAUACCUGCACCAAAACGGCCACACGGCCACAGACUUACAAGGCAUCCCUCGGUACCACUCCCAGUCCCCCAGCAUGUGUGACCGGAAGGAGUUCGUCUUCUCCUUCAACGCCAUGACGUCCUCGGCCAUGCACUCGCCGAGCAGCGGCUCCUACUACCAUCAUCACCAGCAGGUCUCCUACCAGGACAUCAAGCCGUGCGUCAUGUGAUGCUGCGUACAUGCAAUGAGAAGGAAGAGGAACCACUGUGGGACGUGAAGGCCUCACAAAAGAGCGCGGACUACUUUUUUUUUUUUUUUUUUUUUUUUUUUUUU